AUGUCUUCUCGUUUGCGAAUCCGUGACACUCCAUCAUCCUGCACAGCAUCUGUCAAUCUAUUCAUAUCUAUCUAUGUUCAUGUCUAUCUCUCUACCUAUCUCUAUGUGGUCAUAUCUAUGUAUUCAUAUAUAUCAAUGUGCUCAUAUCUAUCUAUCUAUCUAUCUAUCUAUCUAUCUAUCUAUCUAUCUAUGUGUUCAUAUCUGUCUAUCUAUCUAUCUAUCUAUCUAUCUAUGUGUUCAUAUCUAUCUAUCUAUCUAUCUAUCUAUGUGUUCAUAUCUGUCUAUCACUAUCUCUCUAUCUAUCUAUGUGUUCAUAUCUGUCUAUCUCUAUCUAUCUAUUUAUCUAUCUGUGUUCAUAUCUGUCUGUCUAUCUAUCUAUCUAUCUAUCUAUCUAUCUAUCUAUCUAUCUAUCUAUCUAUCUAUCUCAGUGUUCAUACCUAUCUAUCUAUAAUAUCUAUCUAUCUAUCUAUCUAUCUAUCUAUCUAUCUAUCUAUCUAUCUAGACCGAAUUAUUCCUCUCUCUAUCUAUCGAUCACUCUUUAAUCAUAUUUACCGACCGAUCAAUUUCUGUUUAUAUCUAUGGGUCGAUCUCUUUCUGUUGGUAUCUAUUUAG